AUGACGACUAGGAAUCAAAAAUUGACGGAAAAGGCCCUUAAAGAAAUGGUCGAAGGAAAUAGUCUGGCUGAAGAGGAAAUCGUACCGACAAACGAGGAGGAUGAUAAAAUUCCAAAGUUAAGAGAGAAAAUAACAGAGCUGGAAGAAAUUUUUGAGGCAGUCAACAACGAGAUAGAAUGGGAGAAGAGAGAAGAUACAAGCAGAAGCCGCAACUAUACGGAACAAAAUGAGAUUCUGCAAGAAUACACCACGCUCAACAAUGAUUUCCAAAAACGACUCGACGAAAACUAUAUGACCGAUGAAAGAGAGAUUGGAGAGAAACGACCGAUAUUGGAAUCGCCAUGCGCAGAAAAUUCGAAACGGAAAGAAGAGAAGACGGAAAAGAAGAAGAAGAAGAAGGACCAAUAA